GGCUCCCGCGCGCGCAUGGACGGCUCACCGCAGCGGCCGCCGCCCAAUGCGCCGCUCCGAUCGCCGUCCGCGGGCGCCGCCAGGUGCCGACUCCGGCAUUAGCCGCGCAGCGCGGGGAGUUGCACGCCGCCGCCACCGCGGGAUUCGGUUGGCGGGUUGGUGACCGGAAAGGAAGAGCGGGUGUGGUUCCCUUUCUUCUCUCCGUACCGCGCCCGGCGUGAUCGGGUUCGCCGAUCGUUGGUUGGUCGGUCGGUUCCUCUGCCCCUUGUUCGCUGGGUCGGUCCGACGGCCAUGUCCGCGGCAACGGCCAAGGAGGAGGAGGAGGAGGAGGAGGAGGAGGAGGAGGAGGAGGAGGAGGCGCCCGCUUCGGUGCCGGCCACGGCGCCCGGAAUGGGCGGCGAGGAGGCCGCCGCGCGCGCCGCCAAGAAGCGCUACGAAGCCCUCCUCGCUGUGCGGUCCAAGGCGGUCAAGGGCAAGGGUGCCUGGUACUGGGCGCACCUCGAGCCCGUUCUCAUCCCGCCCACCGACACCGCCAUGCCGCCCAAGGCCGUCAAGCUGCGCUGCGCCUUGUGCUCCGCCGUCUUCUCCGCCUCCAACCCGUCGCGGACCGCAUCCGAGCACCUAAAGCGUGGCACCUGCCCCAACUUCGCUGCCCGUCCGCAGGGACUCGCCGGCGCCUCGGGCUCGCAGCAGCAGCAGCUCUCGCUACCGUCCAACUCCACCGCAUCGUCGCCUGUCCCCAUCUCCUCAAUUGCGCCCUCCUCGCCUCGCCGCCGCCAUCAACACCACCACCAAUUCCGCAAUCGCAAGCGCAACUCCAUGCCCCCCGCGUACACGACAGCAGACCCCGGGUCCCACCAUCACCACCUCGUCGUUGUUGACCCGCCCUCGGUCCACUCACCGGCGUUGCCCGCGCUGCCGGCGCCCCCUCCGCCCCACCAGUCGGCACUCGUGCUCUCCGGUGGCAAAGACGACUUGAGCGCUCUCGCCAAGCUCGAGGACAGCGUGAAGCGCCUUAAAUCACCCAAAGCAUCGCCGGUCGCCAUGAUGCCCAGGCCGCAGGCUGACGCGGCGCUCGCUCUGCUGUCGGACUGGUUCCUAGAGUCAUCGUCUGGCGUAUCGCUCUCUGCCGCUGGCCAUCCCAAGCUCCGGGCCUUCCUGCGCCAUGUCGGGCUGCCGGACCUGCAGCUGCAGCACGCCGACCUCUGUGGCCCACGUCUCGACGCCCGCUUCGCUGAGGCGCGCGCCGACGCCACCGCGCGGGUUCGGGACGCACUCUUCUUCCAGCUUGCCGCCGACGGCUGGCGGGAGCAGGUGGUCACCUUCUCUGUCAACCUCCCAAAUGGCACGACCGUGUUCGAUCGUGCUGUUCCGGUACCCGCCAUGGCGCCCUCAGACUACGCCGAGGAGCUGAUGCUCGAAGCCGUGGCUUCCGUCUCAGCCUCAGGUUCCUCCAACGACCUCCACCGUUGCGCAGGCAUAAUUUCUGACCGCUUCAAAUCAAAGGCGCUGCGUGAUCUCGAAAACGAGAACUACUUGAUGGUGAACCUAUGUUGCCAAAUCCAUGGCUUCACCCGUUUGGUGCGGGACUUCGCAAGGGAACUCUCGCUUUUCCGCUCCGCCACAGCCAAAUCUGCCAAGCUUGCUGCCUACUUCAAUGCCAAACAGACGCCGCGGUCCUUGCUGCACAAGCAUCAAACGCAACAGCUCGGACAUGCCUCGCUCUUUCGAGUCGCACAUGUGCCGUUCAACGGCAGUGGCGCCAACUGCCGCGCGGCCUUUGAGAUGCUCGAGGAAAUUCUGAACUCUGCACACCCCCUCCAUUGCGCUGUGCAAGAGGACUUGUACAAGCUCUUGUGCAUCGAUGACUCAGCUGCCCGGGAGAUUGAGGAGAUGGUGCACAGUGAGGCUUUCUGGGUAGAGGUUGAUGCUGUGCACUCGCUCGUGAAGCUGAUAAUGGAUAUGGUGAAGGAGAUGGAGGCUGACCGACCUCUUGUUGGGCAAUGCCUGCCACUAUGGGAGGAAUUGCGUAGCAAGGUUAGAGACUGGUGUGAGAAGUUCAACGUCGAUGAAGGCACUGUCCUGAGUGUGCUUGAGAAACGGUUUAGAAAAAACUACCAUCCAGCCUGGUCGGCAGCCUUCGUUCUGGAUCCGCUGUACCUUGUCAAGGAUGCCAGUGGGCGUUACCUCCCUCCAUUCAGGCGCUUGACGCCUGAUCAGGACAAAGAUGUCGACAGGUUGAUCACGAGAAUGGUGUCCCGGGAAGAGGCACACCUAGUUUUGAUGGAGCUGAUGAAAUGGCGGUCAGAUGGGCUGGACCCGCUGUACGCACAAGCUGUGCAGGUGAGGCAGCCUGACCCCUCCACAGGGAGGAUGAAGGUCGCAAAUAAGCAGAGCAGCAGGCUUGUCUGGGAGACAUGUCUGGGUGAGCUCAAGUCCCUCGGCAGGGUAGCUGCGCGGCUCAUCUUCCUCCAUGCAACCUCCAGGGGUUUCAGAUGCACGCCAUCAAUGGUGCGCUGGCUCUCUGCACCUCGGAGACUGGCAGGUGGCAAUGGUAGAGCACACCGGUUGGUCUUUGUUGCUGCAAAUUCGAAGCUAGAGAGGGGGGACUUCUCUAACGAUGAAGACAAGGAUGCAGAGUUACUCGCUGACGGAGACGAUGAUGUAGCGAAUAUACCUGGCACUGUGGAACCAUAAUCAGUGUAACAAACCUCCCUGCUUAAUUGUUUCUUGUUCCUUUUCCCCAUUAGCAUUUUGUAGAAUUUGAUCCCUAGAAAUCAUUAGAAUUUUUCGCCACUCUACUCUUUGCUUGGCUUCCAGAAUCUCUUCAUUUUUGCCCAUAUUGUUAAUUCUUGCUUCCUCACUCUAGAUUUUGGUGGGGUGGGAAGUUGGGCAUGAGAUGGAGAUAUAUAUGCAUUAUCCAUGAUCAAGUUUGGUUAGCGAAUGACUCUUUUGCCAUAUAUGAUUCUACUAUGGGGCCAUUGAGGUUGCUGAGAUUAACUUAAGUGUUUCCUGUCGAUAUGUUUGUAAUCGGUGGUGCUAAGGAAUGAGAAAGAACAUGUAACCAUUUUGGUUUGCUCU